AUUCUUUGCCAGCCCAGCUCUGUUGGUUCGAAAUUCUUUAAUGUGAUACAUCUUAGCUGAGCAUGGUGGCCAGUUUGUUGCCAGAGACGUUUGCCAUUGCCAUGUUCGGCUCUGAACUUGGGCCUCGCUACGAGGCGCAGUCGAGCGGUAAUGGCUCCGUGCUGGACAAUGUGCUGCCGGACAUGGCGCACCUGGUCAAUCCCUAUUGGAGUCGCUUCGCCCCCAUGGAUCCAACAAUGAGUAAGAUUCUGGGCCUCUUCACGCUGGCCAUCCUGAUCAUCUCUUUGUGCGGCAAUGGCGUCGUUGUCUUCAUCUUUGGCGGCACCAAAUCGCUGCGCACGCCAGCCAAUUUGCUGGUCUUGAAUCUGGCCUUUUCCGAUUUUUGUAUGAUGGCCUCUCAGUCGCCCAUUAUGCUGGUUAAUUUUUACUAUCAGACAUGGAUCUUGGGACCACUAUGGUGUGAUAUCUAUGCUGUGUGUGGCUCAAUGUUUGGUUGUGUAUCCAUUUGGUCCAUGUGCAUGAUUGCCUUCGAUCGUUACAAUGUGAUUGUGAAGGGCAUCAAUGGCACACCGAUGACCAUAAAGACGUCUAUCAUGAAGAUUAUAUUCAUCUGGCUAAUGGCCACAUUCUGGACAAUAAUGCCGCUGAUCGGCUGGAGCAGCUACGUGCCCGAGGGUAAUUUAACCGCUUGCAGCAUCGACUAUAUGACCAGGCAAUGGAAUCCACGUUCCUAUCUCAUCACCUACUCCAUAUUCGUCUACUACGUGCCACUCUUCUUGAUCUGUUAUUCCUACUGGUUCAUUAUUGCCGCUGUUGCUGCUCAUGAGAAGGCAAUGCGGGAGCAGGCUAAGAAGAUGAAUGUCAAGUCCUUGCGUAGCUCCGAGGACUGUGACAAGAGUGCUGAGGGCAAGCUAGCCAAGGUGGCCCUAACGACCAUUUCACUUUGGUUUAUGGCCUGGACUCCGUAUCUGGUCAUCUGUUACUUUGGUUUAUUCAAGAUCGAGGGUCUAACACCCCUGACGACCAUUUGGGGUGCCACAUUCGCCAAGACAAGUGCCGUCUAUAAUCCCAUUGUCUAUGGCAUAAGUCAUCCCAAGUAUCGUUUGGUGCUCAAGGAGAAGUGUCCCAUGUGUGUUUGCGGCAACACGGACGAGCCAAAGCCAGAUGCGCCUCCUUCGGACACGGAAACAACUUCAGAGGCGGACUCCAAGGCCUAAACAGGGCAAACAACUUUAAGCAAUUGCCUAGAAGAGGCACAAAAAUUAAUAUAAAAAAAAAAAAAAUUGCAAUUCAAGCAAUAUGUGUAACUAUCAGCAAUUGAUACAAAAAUGUAUAAAAUAUUCAAAAAGAUUCAGCUUGUUGAAAUUAACAAAACAUUUAAACUUAUGUUGCAUACUUUUAGGAAACUCGUAAAAUUGAAGAGAACAACUUUGUGGGCGGAGUCCAAGGCCCAAACAGGACAAACAACUUUAAGCAAAUGCCUAGAAGAGGCACAAAAAUGUAAAAAAAAAAAUGAAUUACAAUUCAAGCAAUAUGUGUAACUAUCAGCAAAUGAUACAAAAAUGUAAAAAAUAUUCAAAUAGACUCAGCUUAUUGAA